UUUGAGGCCACCAAAUCUUUUAAUUUGAAAAAGCUUUGAUUCACUCAAAUAUAGAUUAUAUACAAAAUGGUGUCUUUUCUUUGCAUUUGAAUCCUCCCUUUUCCAUUAUCCAACGUUCCUUAUUUGUCUUCUUCAUCUACUUUCUUCCUCUUUUUCUGUUGUUCAGGAUUUUGCCAUCCUUUGUAGCAUUUGCUGUUUCCAUUUUCAAUUUUCUCCUUGUCUUUUUGUGGGGGAAGAACUUAAAAAAGAUCUGAUUUUUCCCCCUUUUCUGUACAAAUCAGUUUGUGUUUCAAGAAUCUGAUGCCCCAGAAGGAUUUUUCUAACAAGCUCAAAUACCCAUUUCUAUUAAGGCCCUGAAUUUUCUCAUUUUGUCUGGAAAGUUGACAAUUUGUGUUCUUACAUCUAUUUUCAGACACCCUUUUGAUUAAUCUUUGAAACUCUUACAAAAAAAAGAAAAUGUUUGGAACCCAAAAUAGAAAAGAUUUGGCCUUUGAAUACCAAUCUCAAAUUCAGAUUUUGAGGCCAAGCAUUCAUUCCAGAAGGGCAAAUAUAACUGUGAAAUUCCAAGAUCUAUAUGGGUUCACAGUGGAAGGCAAUGUUGAUGAUGUAAAUGUGUUGAAUGAGGUUAGGGAGAGGGUUAGGGAACAGGGUAAGGUGUGGUGGGCAUUAGAAGCUAGCAAAGGUGUAAAUUGGUAUUUGCAAACACAAGUUACAUCAACCCUUAAAACAUCCCUUAAACUCUCUACUUUGGUGAAUGCAAUUACUCUCAAGAAACUAAUUAGGAAAGGAAUCCCACCUGUGUUGAGGCCUAAGGUGUGGUUUUCACUAUCAGGUGCAGCUAAGAAGAAAUCAACCGUCCCGGAAAGUUAUUACCAAGAUAUGACCAUGGCUGUUGAGGAUAAGGUCACACCUGCAACCAAACAGAUUGAUCAUGACCUUCCACGAACCUUUCCUGGUCAUCCCUGGUUGGACACUUCUGAGGGUCAUGCUGCUCUGAGGCGAGUUCUCGUCGCCUAUUCUUUCCGAGAUUCUGAUGUUGGCUAUUGCCAGGGAUUGAACUAUGUUGCAGCAUUAUUGUUGCUCGUGCUAAAAACUGAAGAAGAUGCUUUCUGGAUGCUUGCUGUCCUUUUAGAGAAUGUCUUGGUAAAUGAUUGUUAUACUAAUAACUUGUCUGGAUGCCACGUUGAGCAAAGAGUGUUCAAGGACCUAUUAACCAAAAAAUGUCCAAGGGUAGCAGCUCAUUUGGAUUCUCUAGAAUUUGAUGUUUCUCUUGUUUGCACUGAGUGGUUUCUCUGCCUUUUCUCCAAAAGUUUGCCUUCUGAGACAACCUUGCGAGUAUGGGAUGUCCUCUUCUAUGAAGGUGCUAAGGUUCUAUUUCAUGUAGCAUUGGCAAUUUUCAAGAUGAACGAAGAGAAGUUGCUGGUAGCACAUCAUGUUGGGGAUGUAAUUAGUAUCAUACAGAGAAGCACUCAUCACCUUUUUGAUCCUGAUGAGUUGUUAACGGUUGCAUUUGAUAAAGUUGGCUCUAUGACAACGACUACUAUAUCAAAACAGAGGAAAAAGCAGGAACCAGCUGUAAUGGCAGAGCUCGACCAGAGAUCAAGACGGUUAAAUUCUGUAUUUCCAGAUGAAAAACUGUAGUUUUUUACGAGGAAACCUAGUAAUUGUAGCAUAUGUAUAAUGCAUCCGUGUCAGGGCGUGCUGCCCUUGCUAGGAGAUCAACGAUUUGCUCACAAAACAAUGAGCAAAAACCGCGGCUUGGAGAGAGUAUGCUUGUUUAUUAAGUUGUAGGUGUUACAGAAGUGUAAAUGUAAUCUGAAAAUAUUGCUGUAAUUUAGUUAUCCUUUAUUUUUU